AUUUUUUCUUUAAUUCCUCAUACUACUCGUAGAAGUUUAAAAAUUGAAAAUAUCUGUUUCUGUCUGAACGUUCCGAAUACUGAAAUGUUUUUGGAAAUGAAUGUUUUAAUGUGUAUUCCAACACUACAAGUCAUACAUAUCACCGAGCUAAAUUUAUAAAUAUUCAAAGGUCUCGCAGAAAGUGAUGUUAUGAGUAAAACAAAAAAUGAAAAGUUGCUUUCACAAAAUGCAGUUUCAUUGUCAGUUGACAAUACAAGUCCCACAAAUGCUAAAUUUUGGACAGAUGAAAAUACAUCUUUUAUGUUAAAUUGUUUCCAUAAGUAUUCGAAACAAAUAGGUCCUAUGAAAAAAUUCCGAAACAAAAAGAUGAUGUGGACAAAAAUUCGACAAGAUAUAAUAAAGGAAUUAGGUUGUUCAUUUACAGAAACUCAAAUUGAAAACAGAUAUAAAACAGUUUUAAAAAGAAACAAAUCAUUGAAGAAAAAAAAAAAUACUACUGUACCAUCUCCCAAGUUGAGUAGCGUUGAUGAAGAGUUUAGUAAAAUAACAGCAUUGGAUGAUUCUAUUGAACCAUCUGUUUGUGUAGGAACAUCUAGUUCUGGACUAAAAACAAUAACCAAAGAUGUUCUACAAGAUGAGCCACAAGUUACAAAGAAGGUUAAGACUUCUCUAAAUGAUCUGCUGAUUACCUUGCACAAAAAAAAAGACGAAGAAAGACUAAAGAGACAACUGAAACGUCAAAAAUGUCACGAAAAAAAAAUGAAUAUUCUUAAAAAAAUCUUUAAUAACAAAUAGAUUUCUCUUUAUAACAUUUAUUAAUAUAUUCCUAAUUAUUAAAAUUAACAAAAUUUACAAAGUACACAACAAUUUUCGUUUUUUAAAUCCUUUUUUACAAGAUUGUAGAAUGUAGAUUGUAGUGUUCUUGGGCGUAUGUUAAUAGUUAUAUUUUCUGUAAUUCUUCUACAAGUGGUUGUUCAGGAAAGAAAUCAUCAUUAUCUGUACACAGAUUAUAUAGCUAAUAUAAAUUUUGAAUCUUUUUCAGCUAAUGAAAAAUCUAAUUGCUAUUUAAGGUUAUAUAUGUAAAUAUAUGUUCUAAGUAUCUAGAUCAUAAGAAGUUAUCACAG